AUGAAGACUGCUACUCUUGCUGUUUUUACUCUUGCUGUUCUUGCCUGUAUUGCUCGGACAGCUCAGGGCACCUGCACUGACGAAACUUUCGGAACUGUGGAAGAUGGUGAAACCGCUUAUGCUGCUUGCCCUGUUAGUCAGGACGGAUACCAGUCUGCCCUUUGUACGGGUGGAAGCUAUGGUGAGGCUGAUGUUUCGCACUGCACCGAUAGAGGUGUCACCGUGUUCUCUUAUGGUAUUGCUAGCGCCUCGUUCUUUGUUGGCCACACCAUCAUCGAUAUGGCCUUGAAGACUGACGGAUCGAUGGCCAGCUAUACUAUUGAUCCUGCUCUUCCCGAGGGUUUGAAUUUUGAUUCUGCUUCUGGUGUUAUUUCCGGAACUCCUUCUGUGGCUGCUGAGGCUAUGCCUUACACUGUCACUGGUGUUCCUACUGCCGGAGGUUCUGGUCCUUCCACGAUGAUUACGAUUUCUGUGUCUGUGGUGAUGUGCCCUGCCCUUGAUUCGUUCCCUACCGUGGCUAGUGGUGAGACUUCUUCCUCUACCACUGCUUGCCCUGCGGGAACUCAGGGAACUGCCACUCGUCUCUGCACCGAUGGUUUCUUUGGAAACAUUGAUACUUCGGGCUGCGUGGCGCUGGCUCCUCAGGGUCUGUCGUACUCUGGAACCACGUCUGUUAAGCGUAACACUCCUAUUGUUCUGGAGCCUCAUUACCAGAACGCGGUCACUUCUUUCGAAGUGUCGAGCGGUACUCUCCCCGCUGGAGUGACUCUGUCUUCGGAAACCGGAACGAUCUCCGGAGUUCCUACUGCCACUGGUUCUUCUGUUGUGACGAUCCGUGCCAAUGGCUCUGGUUCCUCCACCACGACUGUGUCGAUCAGCGUUACUUCUGCUUCGUGCUCGGGUCUGCAGGAUAAGAACGGUGGAUCUGUCACCAUUAAUCACAACAGCCAGAUUAACUUCGACUGCGAAGAGGGUUAUACUGGCACUUGGAGUUACACUUGCCAGGAUGGAGUGUACAAGAACAAGUUUGAGGGUCUUUGCCAGGCCUCCAGACCCACUCAGUUCAGCUAUGCUCGUUCUACUUUCAAUCUGAAGGUCGGCGAGCAGAUGUACUCGGGUCGUCCUACUUGGAGUGGUGUUGCUAAGGUGUUCACCGCUACGAAUUUGCCUGAGGGCUUCACGAUUGAUACUUCCACUGGUAUCAUUACGGGUUCUUCCUCCUCUGCCUAUGAUGUUAUCCAGUCGGUCACUGUUUAUGCGAUGGUGAGCGAGAGUGCUACUCCUUCUCAGAAAGCUUCUACCACUGUCUCGAUUAUGGUCAGCGAUUACGAGUGCAGCGGAGUGACUGAGUUCGAUACCAAGAAGGUGGGAGGUACUAGCGAGUACAAGUGCCCUGAGAGCGAGGGCUACGAGGGAACGAUGAAGCGAAAGUGCGUUAUGGUGGACGACAACACAAGAGCGGAGUGGGCUUUGCCUGAAUCUCACUGCCAGCUUAAGCCGGACUUCACUUUUGUCUAUAUUGGUGGUAUUGUCUUCGUCGUCUGUUUGAUCAUCAUGAUCAUUGGACUGAUUGUGAAGUCGAGCCGUUCGAGAACCAAGUCGCAGAAGAAGAAUCUGUCCAAGACCACUUCGAAGCCUGCUCCCAAGGCCGUGCCCAAGACAGCUCCAGUCCACAAGGCUCCUGCGAAGGUCACAAUUUAAAUUGUG